AUGGCGCCCGAGACCGUGGCGUCCCCGCCCGAGCGCUUGCCCCGGCUGCAUCUGGACGAGCAUCUCGAGCCGAUCGACGCGUCGUCCACGCUCAUUGACGAGACUACCCGCUCGACGGACACGGUGGACAACAGCAAGGAGGGCAAUACCAAGACAAAGGCCCAGCCUCCCUCCAAGGACCUACACCUCCAGGAUGACGUCAGCGACGCUAAAGUCUCUAGAUUUCGACAGUUUUGCAACUGGGUGCAACACCUACGCGAUACGUUUGGUACUGGGUUUUUGGUGCUGAUCACGGUAGUGUACGUGGUUCAGGGCUUUUCCAGCUUCACGGCGCUAGCUGUCAACUAUUUCUUCAAAGACAAUUUAGGUCUACAGCCGACACAGUCGCAAUUGCUACAGAUGAUUGUCAAGGUUCCGUGGAGAGUCAAACCAAUCUACGGGAUCCUGUCGGACAGUUUGCCUUUGUUCGGCUACCACCGAAAGUCCUACAUGAUGCUGUGCAGUGUCUUGCAAACGGCAGCCACUUUAGUCAUGGCAGUACCCGAUCUGGUUACAACGCCGGGUCUAGCAGUACUCAUGCUCAUGCUGCAAAGUCUGUCAGUUGCCGUAAUCGACGUGGUGAUCGACGCGAGAGUUGUGGAGAUCUCGAGACUGGAUCCCGAGAAUGGCGCGAACGAUCUCCAAUCUUUGUCGUGGAUAGCAACGUCUCUAGGUGGCAUGCUCGGCGCUUUUCUAUCUGGUCCAGCAACGUCCGAGUUAGGCGUGCGUGGCGUCUUCUUCACUGCUGCGUUGGGUCCGAUUACGACGCUGCUCUUCUCGAUGUUCAUGGAGGAGUCCAAAAGUACAUUAAGCAAGAGAGACUUUGUGUCUUCAGCGACAAAGCAGCUUCGACAACUCAAGAUCGCUAUUUGCACCCCCGUCGUGUGGAUGUGCGCGCUGUGGGUGUUUAUCUCGCAUGCCAUCAGUCCCGCAUACACGCAGAUACUUUUCUUCUUCUCGACAGACGUGCUUCACUUCACACCCGAGUUUUUGGGGACGGUCGCAGCUAUUGGGUUUAUCUUCCUCAUGGCAGGCACAAUGCUGUACAACACGUUCUUCACGAACGUAUCGUUCCGUAAGAUAUUCCUGGUGGCGCAGCUGUGUCUCGCUCUCGUGUCUCUCGUUGACGUCGUCCUGGUGACGCGUGCCAACCUGAAAAUUGGCAUUCCGGACAAGGCCUUUGUGCUGGGCGACCACGUGGUGGCCGAUGUCAUUGGUCGCCUUAAAACCAUGCCGAUCAUGGUGCUGUGUGCUAAAUUAUGUCCCAGAGGCAUCGAGGGUACACUGUUCGCGCUGCUCAUGUCCAUUUCCAACCUCUCGUACAGUGUGAGCGAGUUCUGGGGGGCGUUUGUCUGCGACUGGAUGGGGAUCACCAAGGACAAAUACGAGAUGCUGUGGCUCGCCAUCGUGAUACGCAGUGUGCUAAAGGUUGUGCCCAUCUUCUUCCUCUUCUUGAUCCCAUCGACUGACCCCCAAGAAAUCAUCGACAAACUGGACUUUUGCUCGCCUGCGUGUACCGAACCAGAGGAAGAAGAUGAACACUCCGGCACUAUUCGAGAAGAUCACAGAGUCGACACCUGCUCACCCUCCGAGCAAGUGGUAUUGAAAGGCACUUCCGCCGCUGUCGUCUAG